AUGGACCCCGGCGACAGCCGUGGUAUUCACCCGGACGAGGAGCUCUUCCUCAACUCCAACAGACCCAACCCCCAGGCACAGACACAGACACAGAUGCGCAGCUCGAGUUCCAAUGAUGCCCGUCCAGCCCCCGACAAUAUCAAUAGAUAUGACAAUAGAUAUGCCUCGCCGCCACCGGCUGGUCCCGGUUCGGGCUCCGUGAGCCCCGCCGAUUAUCCCCCAGCUUUACGCCCUCGCGAUGGACGAGAGCCGAGAGUUGCUACCCUCGCUGAACGAAGAGGCGCCCAACCUCAGCCUCUACCUGAAUCGCCCAUCGCCGGGCCAGAGAGAGAUGCGCUCGCUGCGAGAACGUACCCUCGUCCUCCGGCGGCUCAGUCCGAUGGCCCAGUGAACCAGACCCAGCAGACCCAGCCAUACGACUAUCGUCAACAAUACUACCCACCCCCGCAAAGCUCCACACCCAGACCAUCAUCAAGUCUCCAACCACCACAGCAGUCCGGUGGCGGCGGUGGGGGUGGUAUAAACCGCAUCAGCUCAACAGCAUCAACAUCAACAACCCGCGCCCAACGCGGCUCACCCCCACCACCGGAAACUCCCAUCGUUGGCCCCGGCCAGCCGGGCUCGGACUCGGAUAUCGAGUCUCGUUUUGCUGCGGCUGGUAUUGCGGGUACGUCGACUUUGUCGGGUAUUCAGUCGCAGUCGCAGAAUCAGAAUGCUGCGGCUCAGCGUCGCGCUAAUCAGUAUGUUGGUCAACAACCUACUUUUCAUCAGGCGCAGGCUCCAGCUCCGGCGAGGCCUUGGACGCCGACUGAACAGCCUGGUUCGCAGCCUCAUGGGCCUCCGACCGUUUAUCAGGGGGAUGAGGUUGUGAGUGGUGGGCAGGGUCAGGCGCACGGUCAGGGUCAGGCACAGGCGCAUCCGGGUCAGUAUGGGAGUCCGCCUCCAGGUACGCACCCGAGUCAGUUUGGAAGUCCACCGCCGCAGGUUCACCCGGGACAAUAUGGGAGUCCGCCGCCGGGUACACACCCCAGUCAGUAUGGGACUCCACCACCGCAGGCUCACCCGAGUCAGUAUGGAAGCCCGCCUCCUCAGGCUCAAGGAGCUCCAGCUGUGCCGCAGCAACAGCAGCAGCCGCCUAGGGCAAAUACCUUGGAGCAUGACAUGGAUCGCAUGCGCAUUAGCGAGGAACCUCCCCCAGCUUACUCGAGUGUUUCUGGAGGCGCUUCAAACGGAUAUCCAAAUGAAAAGCCAGGCGCUGCUGGGGCAGGUGCUUCCACAGCCGGACACCCAGCAACAGCUAAUCAACCCCAUCCUUCUACCAUUGGAGCUGCUGCCGCCGUCACUGCAGCAGCCGCUGUAGGUACAUCUGCAUCUCCCGCGCCAUCUGCUUCAACACAGGACCACCCCGCCUUCGCGAAUGAUCCUAGACAACAGCAGAACAUGGGCCAGUCACCGCACAAUUCCGCUCCCGAUGGCCAGGGCCAUUCUGCGUAUUCACAAGCAACCGUGGCACAGGUUGCCUCCCCUGCUCCGAGCGGUCUUCCUCCAGCUUCUCCUCCCCCACUGCCAGAAGGCUGGAUUGCGCAUAUGGAUCCAAACUCAGGCCAGUAUUACUACAUCCAUCUUCCAACCCAGUCCACUCAGUGGGAAUUCCCGAAGGGUCCUACGCCAUUGAACCUCAAUGAGACCCCGCUGUCGCCCGUAGGCAGCGUGUACAGCAGUCACCCUCUGACUUCCCCGGGACUAUCGGCAUUUGGAAAGCCGCUAGCUUCCCCCGGUGCACCCAUGACGCCCGGGUUCGAGAGCCUCCAGUCUCCAAUGGCGGGAUUCUCAGGUCCACCUCCGAGCAGCGGGAUGGAUCUGUACAAAACUGCACCGACAAACGGAGUCUACUUUGGCCCCUAUCUCCGCUACACGAACAUGGACCUCGAGCGUGGAUUAUGGCUGGGCUCUAUCCUCCUUGUGACAGACGCAGCCCAACCACCCACAAUCCACUGCCACCAAAGUGUCGACCUUUCCCCGAACCCAAAACAACUCAAAGCAAUCAACAUUGCAGCCCACCAGCGCUGGACCUUUUACAAAUACGAAAUUGAAAUCCAAAUGGACGACGCGGGUCCAGCAAAAUGGACAUACGCCAUAACUUCCCACCUUGGCUGUACGCGCUACGAGUUCCUUGUCGCAGGCCGACACGAAACGAACUGGCGCUUCAUCUCCACCUCGGGCAACGACUUCUCGCUGAACGUUAAUGCGAAUGAGCGUGCGAGGCUGGGUGGCGUGGGCUUCAUGUGGAAGGAUAUCAUGACAAAACAUAAUGAAAUCGGAGGUUUUCAUGCGCAACUUUGUCUGGGUGGACAGAUUUAUGCGGAUCGCAUGUGGAAGGAGAUCCCUUGUCUCAAGCAGUGGUUGACGAUCAGUGGGAAAGAGGCGAGAAAGAAUGCGCCUUGGACAGCGGCGAAUCAGCAGGAUGUUUCGCAUGCUUAUUUUCAUUAUUAUACCAGUCAUUUUGAUCAGCCGUAUCUGCGGGAGAGCUUUGCGCAGAUUCCUUAUGUUUGUCAGAUUGAUGAUCAUGAUAUAUUCGACGGCUUCGGCUCCUACCCCGAACACAUGCAAUUCUCAAACAUGUUCAAAAACAUCGGCCGUGUAGGAAUCGAAAUGUAUCUCCUCUUCCAACACCACACAACCCUCGACAUCCUCCGCAACGUAAACAACGACAUCGACUUAUUCACCAUAACCGGAACAGGCUGGCACUUCGUCAAAUACCUCGGUCCCGGCGUCGUCGUCGUCGGACCAGACUGCCGCUCCGAGCGAAACCCACAUCAAGUCAUGGCCGGACCAACCUACCAAGGCCUCUUCCCAAAAAUCGCAAUGCUCCCACCAAGCGUACAGCAUUGUCUCUGGAUGAUCUCCAUGCCACUAAUCUACCCACGCCUCGAAACGGCAGAACACAUCGCUCAAACCGUUACAACAGGCAAACGCGCCGUGACGGGGACAUACAACCUCCUCGGCAAAGUAACAAGUUCCGUCGCGGGCGUCGUCGGCGCGAAAGAUUUCGUCGGAUCAGGCUUUGACUCCGUCAAACGUGCCGUCGGCAAGAGCGGUCUAAUGGGCGGUAUUUUGAGCCCAUUCGGCGAAUUCGAUCUCAUGGACGAACUCCGCGACCAAUGGACGCACGAAUCAAAAGAUCUAGAAAGAACAUAUCUAAUCCGCACCUUGCAAGGAAUCGCGCACCAGAAAUCUCUCCGAAUGACAUUCCUCUCCGGAGCAGUCAAUGUCUGCGGCGCAGGUCUAGUCCACGAUCCAGCCCAACCAUCCGAUCACAAAACAAUGUAUCAACUCAUCGCUAGUCCAGUCGUGAAUACGCCCCCGCCUUCAUACGUUAUAAAACUCCUCCACAGCCACGGUAAACCGCUCUACGUGCCGGCGAAUGGACACCGCUCCUCCGCCGCGCCGACAGAUACGAAGGAGGAUAUGAUGGAGAUCUUUCAGACGGAUGUUAAUGGACAGGCGAGGGAGUAUAAGAAACUUAUGGGACGGAGGAAUUAUGUUGCGAUUGUCGCUUAUGAUCCCGAUUCUGCGCAGGGUCAGCCGCAGCAGCAGCAGUUUCAGCAGCAUCUUGUGCCGGGGGGUAAAUUGAGUCUUGCGGCGGACUUUAUGGUUCAGGGGGAUGGGGCUUAUGCUAGUGUUGUUAAGUUUGGGCCGGUUAUUGUGCCGAGUUUGGAGCAUGGGAAGUAG